AAUAAUAUGUCAUGCUUUGCUCAUUAGCAACUUACAUGUUGAAACCCAGGUUUCUAGUCGUGAUCACUGCGUUUAUACUUACAUGUAUAUGAAUUGUUGACAUGAUAUAAUGAAAGGUCGUAUGGCUUUCACGAUGGAAACACGUACAGUUUAUAUUAUUUUGAUUGUACUGCUUACAAUGGGGGAAAGGAAUUUGGCUAAACCAUGUGUUAACUCUGGGUGUCGUUCAGUUAAAAUGCCAUUAGUGUCAGACAACUUAAAGGCUCCAUUAAUAGCUGAACUGGACGUGUCAAUGGUGAACCAGCAGUUAAAGGAAUAUAUUGAUGAUGCUAUAAAUGUAACAUAUAUUGACAAAUUUAAUGACGUCGUCGAAGAAAAACAAGAGUCGUUAAAGUCGACGGUGUCGCAAAUUAAUAAACAAUUAAUCGGUAUGUUGGCUUGGAAGGAAAAAGUGUCCGAACAGUUUCUCGAAAUGUCACGACCAUGUAAGAAAGGAUGGAUAAAGUUUGGAGGCCAUUGUUACUACAUCGGACCUGGUAAAAAGACAUGGGACGAUUCUAUAGUUGAUUGCCAGAGGAAAGGUUCUUACUUGGUUAAAGUAGAGGACGCUUCAGAAAAUCUCUGGCUUCAAACUGUAAUGAAUGCCAACAACAUCGAUAUACUUAGGAUUGGUGCACAUGAUAUUCAUCAUGAAGGAACAUGGCGCUGGACUUCUGAUAACACAGCUGUAGAUUACACAAACUGGGGUGGCGGACAGCCUGAUAAUGCUGGCGGAAGUGAAGAUUGUGCUGAAUUGUGGAAAGCAGCCUCGUACCGAUGGAACGAUCGUCCUUGCACAUCGUUGUUGCGAUACAUAUGUGAGAGAUAGAUGAAGCUAAACAAUUAUGAUCAAUGUGCAAAUUUAUGUU